AUGGCGCCCCACCUCAGCAAGAGGGAGCUCGACCGCUGCUUCUCGCUCUACGCCGCUGGGAAGACCCCGGUGGAGAUAUACGACCUCGUUAGUCGGACCCGUGAGUCCCUCGACGAGACUGGGCCGGAUUUGACGACCGUCCGCCGGGCCCUCCGGGGCGCCGCGCACAGGCGUGGCCCAGCGGAGACUCGCGGCCGCAAGCCCAAGCUCACGGCCGUCAAGCUCCGCGCCUUGAACAACGCGCGGGUUCGUUUGAUUCGGGCGGCCAAGGGCGAGGCCGAGGUUCACCUCAAGGACGUGAUGAAGGCCGCGCGGGUCUCCGACGUCCACAAGGGCACGGCCUCCAGGCACUUCGAGCGCCUCGGGGUCACCUGGCGCGCCCCCCGCGCGGAGCCGCUCCGCGGCUCCGCGGAGGCGGAGGAGCGCGUGGCGGCGCGUUCCGGGUGGAAGCGGCUCCCGGGCAACUAUUUCACGCACCAGGUCGAUGCCAUCAUCGACAAUAAGGUGUUCCCCAUUCCCAUGACCAAGCGGGCGAAGACGCACGCAAAGAAGAGUCGCGUUCGCGGCCACCUUCGCACCAAGGCAGAGGGGGCGCGACUCUCGGUCCCGAGUGCGAUCCCAGGGGCUGGGGGCGGGGGCCGCCGGGCCGCCGAGGUCCUCAAGCCUUUCACGAAGCCGAAGGGGAACCGGAACAGGGUGAACCCAGGCGCCAAGGUUCACGUGGCCGCAGCCAUCGUGAACAACAAGGUCCGCGUCUGGCACUACCUGCCCACCCUGUGGUGCGCCGACGCAGCCUGCGAUUUCUACGCGGGCGUCCUCGCCCCCGCGCUUCGCCGUUGCCGGAAGGGGCGCCGCGCCUUCCGCAUCCUGGAGGAUAACGACCCCACGGGGUACAAGAGCAAGAAGGCCGUUGACUGCAAUCGGCGGGGUCUCAAGAUCACCCCCAUCAAGUUCCCCAAGUAUUCCCCGGACUUGAACCCCCUCGACUACUUCCUCUGGGCGGAGGUCAACCGGCGAAUGGCAGAGCAGAGCGCGCCGGCCAACGAGUCUCAGAGCGCUUGCAAGGCGCGCCUCAGGCGCGUCGCCAUGGGCAUCCCGAAGAGCGUCAUCAGGGCAGCCGUGGCUAAGAUGAAGACGAAGGCGGCGGAGGACCGCGGGACGAAGACCAUGCAGCGGUUCGUCCGCCGCCGAGUGCGCAAGCUGACGGCGGACCUUGAGGAAACGAAGGAGUGGGCGUCUGCCCGCGAGAACGCGGCCUUCGAGGCGGUGGACGAUUGGACGCUCGUGUGCCGCUGCGCUGAGGAGACAUGUCCCCGUGGCCCGGCGUGCUCGUGCAGGUCAGCCGUGGAGACCAUCUUCUCCCGCAGCGCCGCUUCUUUCGACGUUCGGGAGCUCGCGGCGUCUCUGCGGGACAUUCUGAUGGUCGGCCCGAAGAAGACGACGAGGGUGCCCUUCCUGGUGGGGCCGUCGAAUUCCGGGAAGAGCACGGUGGUUUACCCUUUCGACGACUUGUUCACUCCGAAACGGGUUCUGCACAAUCCUGCCUUGGGCUCCUCCUUUGGACUCCGGAACCUGGCCAGCGGCACGAAGCGGUUCAUCUUCUGGGACGACUUCCGGCCGGUUGAGUUCGCCCACGAGAAGACCGUCCCCGUCUCUUUGUUCUUGUCUCUGUUCGUCGGCCAGCACGCCGAGAUCCAGGUUUCCCAGUCCUUCAACGACGGGAACAAGGACGUCUGCUGGAACCGCGGCGCCGUUUUCACGGGCAAGCUGGAGGGCCUCUGGGGGACGACGAAUAAGGUGGGUGCGGAGGACAUCCGGCACAUGCAGAACCGCGCGAGGCAGUUCCCAUUCACCUCCGUCUUGUCGGACGGCUCUUUGCAGGACGUACUCUCGUGUGCUCCGCGCAUGACCGCGUGGAUCGUCCGGGAGGCGGCAAAGUUCGACGCCGUCGGCGUUUUCCGCCCGGCGCCCGCUGCGCCGGUCGGGGCAGACGCGGGCGUGCCGCCUGUGAGCGGCUUCGACGACCUCACGUCCGACGCGCGCAUACCCCGCGCGCAGGCAGGCGCCUUGCUGGCGGAUGUCCGCGCGAUGGGUGCGGUUGCCGUGGACGAGGUACUCCCCGCGGACUGGGUCCGUCUGAAUUCGCGGGCCUGGCUGCAGGCCCGCGCGGGUCCUUUCGAGUUCUGUGGUGCUCUGAGGCUGUUGCGGCGCCGCUUGCGGCAGAAGACGGACACGGGGUACGUGGUGCCGUCUCCCCCAGUCCCGUCCGCAGGCGUGGACGCCGAGGCCGUCGAAACCAAAGCCAUCCGGGACGCCUUGAAGGCCGUCUUAGUAGGCAAGGACUUGAAACACAUUUCGUUGCGUGAGUGUCGCCGCCAGGUCGCUUUGAAACUCGGUUUGCAAGAGCAUGCUUUGGACCAGCGCAAGCACGAGUUCAAGAGCCUGACAACCGAGGUCGUUUCGGAAACGCAGCCCGACCAGGACGCCGCGUCGCCUCUGGAGACCGUGUUGGCUGAGGCCGAGAAGCUGGACUCGUUGCAGUGGGUAUACUUGGUGACCAUAUCGCGCGUCCUGGACGCGACCCUUCCCGACGGCCGCCAGUGCCGCGAUCUUGGCACGAUGAGCCGGGAGGAGAAGCACAAAGACGGCGCGAUCCAUUUCCACGUUGCUGUGAAGCUGACUAGGUCGGGCCGUUUCCAGCAGGCCAAGCGCGCUCUGCGCGAGCGCCAUGUGUUGCCGAGCCAUUUCUCUGGUUCCCACCAGCGAAUGCGGAGCGCCGUGAGGUACGGGUAUAUGGAGACCCCAGCCAAACCAGAUGUCGACGACGCCCCGUGGGUGUGGCAGCCAGACUGGGCCGGGUUCGCGCGCGAGAACGACGCCAUCGACCUCUUCGAGAUGUCGCAGGAGCCAUGCAUGGCAGGCGUGUGGGCGAAGCGCAGGGAGGCCACGGACAAGGCGGCCGGGGCGAUGGGCACGAAGACGACGUUCGACCUCGUAGACUUGACUUCGACCAUCAUCGCCAAGCACUUGUGGGCGAAGGGCAGCCUGAUGGCGUACGUCCAGGACCGCGGGACGAAGGCCAUGCAGCGGUUCGUCCGCAGCCGAGUGCGCAAGCUGACGGCGGACCUUGAGGAGACGAAGGAGUGGGCGUCUGCCCGCGAGAACGCGGCCUUCGAGGCGGUGGACGAUUGGACGCUCGUGUGCCGCUGCGCUGAGGAGACAUGCCCCCGUGGCCUGGCGUGCUCGUACAGGUCAGCCGUGGAGACCAUCUUCUCCCGCAGCGCCGCUUCUUUCGACGUUCGGGAGCUCGCGGCGUCUCUGCGGGACAUUCUGAUGGUCGGCCCGAAGAAGACGACGAGGGUGCCCUUCCUGCGGUUCAUCUUCUGGGGCGACUUCCGGCCGGUUGAGUUCGCCCACGAGAAGACCGUCCCCGUCUCUUUGUUCCUGUCUCUGUUCGUCGGCCAGCACACCGAGAUCCAGGUUUCCCAAUCCUUCCACGACGGGAACAAGGGCGUCUGCUGGAACCACGGCGCCGUUUUCACGGGCAAGCUGGAGGGCCUCUGGGAGACGACGAAUAAGGUGGGUGCGGAGGACAUCCGGCACACGCAGAACCGCGUGAGGCAGUUCCCAUUCACCUCCGUCUUGUCGGACGGCUCUUUGCAGGACGUACUCUCGUGUGCUCCGCGCAUGACCGCGUGGAGCGUCCGGGAGGCGGCAAAGUUCGACGCCGUCGGCGUUUUCCGCCCGGCGCCCGCUGCGCCGGUCGGGGCAGACGCGGGCGUGCCGCCUGUGAGCGGCUUCGACGACCUCAAGUCCGACGCGCGCAUACCCCGCGCGCAGGCAGACGCCUUGCUGGCGGAUGUCCGCGCGAUGGGUGCGGUUGCCGUGGACGAGGUGCUCCCCGCGGACUGGGUCCGUCUGAAUUCGUGGGCCUUGCUGCUCCCGCUCCAGAAGCGCAGACUUCUUGGGCAAAUCGGCUCUCCGGUUUCGCCCUGA